UGGUUCCACACACAAAUACAACUUUUGCCAUGACUAGCAGAGGCUGAUUAUUAUAUAGGACACCGUAUUGUCCUUCUUUGUUUUUAUCUACUAUUUUCUCAUACUUGGAAAAUAAAACAAACAAACAAAAAAAUAUGUUGGUGGGUCAGAGAAGCAGACCGCGCUGCAGGGAGUUUACAGGACCAACUCCACAUUCAGUAGCUGUGAGAGCAAAGUUCCCAUCUGCAAAGCCACCAAAUUUUUUAAUUCUAGAAAGAAGACGACACGAUGAGGCCAGAGAGGAAGUCUUGGCUUUUACUAAAUACCACAGCCAGUGUGCCAUGAAAUCCAACUGGGAGAAGAUCACAGACAGGCGGAUCAUGCAGGGCACCGUCCAGAGGAGGGUCCAUGAGGCUAUGCAUCAGUACAAAAUGGGGAUCGAGGAAAGGAGGGAAAGGCUACGUGAUCUGUUGGACACUGAAGAGAAACUUUAUAUCACCGAAAUGGAGUGCAUGGAGGAGACAACAUUAGAGCGACAGGCUAAAAUGAGAGAAAGAGCCAAGACCCUGAGAGAGAGAAGAGAAAGCGAGAGACAAAAAUUAGUUGUUGAAAAACGAGAUCAGCAGUUCAGGGAGCAGUGUGAGGAACUGCGUUCUCUGGUGACACACCGACGGCAGGGUGAGGUUUGCUCUGAGAGGAAGGUCCAGCUCACGAUGAAGGAGGAGAUCCGGAAGGCGGAGAAGGAGCAGGAGAAGCUCUUUGCUGAUCUCUGGGACAAGGACAGGCUGGCCAAAGAGGCGCGGGAGGAGCAGGAAGCAGUGAAACGGAUGGAGAGGAACCGGGAGGUGCUGGAUGUUCUCCAGGUCCAAAGGGCAGCACUUGAAGCCCAAAAGACAGAAGAAAAACGUCUGAAGGCAGAGGAGGCAGAGCUGCUGAAGGAGCAGCGGGAGUUGCUGAAGCUAGAAAAAGAGCGUGAAUGGCUUCAGAAGCUGCAGGAUCAGCAGCAGACCAGGAAUCUCCUGGACGAGUCUCUGCGUCUGAAGAUUAGGCGCCUGGGCAGGGAGUAUCAGGAGGAGGUCGCCCUGGACAUGAAGAUCAUGGAGCAGGUUCUUAACGAGGUGCAUGACGAGACAGAAGAGAGACACAAGAGGAAGAUAGAACUCCGUGAGGAGCAAAAGAGGUACCGGCAGUACCUGGCACAGCAGCUGCAGGAGCAAAAACAGCAGGAGAGGGAGUUGGACAAGCUACUCGAGGCAGAGCUCAAGAAGUCCUGGGCCAAGAGAGACAAGCAGUGGAAUCUGGAGAAAGAGGCGAGGAACCGUCUCAUGAAGGAGGUCAUGGAGACACGGAAGGUUCAGAUUCAGGACAAACUGGAUGGAAAUACUCAAAUGCAGAUGGAACUUGCCAAAGACCGGGAACUGUUGGCCAAAGCCAUUGAAGAGCACAACGCAUUGGAAGAGGAACGACAAGCUAAACAAAAGAGAGUCAGCCUGGAAUACCAGGGCGAUUUGUUUGCCCAGAUGGCAUACCAGCAGCAACUCCGAGAGGCUGAGAAAGCUGAGGAGUGGCACGAGUUUGAUGCAGGGAUCAGUUCUCAGCAAACAUACCAGAAAAAGCUGGAAGAAAUCCUUUCCCGUCCAUAUAUGAGUAAAGAACAAGUCCAUCCCUUCAGAAGAGCCAGAGUCUCCACGCCUAAGGACUGGCUCCCAGCUUAAUUUAAAAGGAAUGAAAAAGUGGAGCAUAUAUAUAAGUGUAUGUCAUUAAUAUAUUAAUACAUGUUCGGUGUUCCACUGUUAAACUUUUUUGUAACUUUUAUUAGCUGUGUACUUGCAUUAAAUAUUUAUCUGGUAAGAGAUACUGACAUUCUCUUCUAUGAAUCCCUAGUUCCUGUUUUAUUCCAUCUGAGUUUAAGAAUCAAUAAGUGUGUCUUAAAUAAAGGAGGUGUAUAUUGUUUUUGAUCAGCGGUAUUUUUCUGUGAUGAUAGACUUCAUUCCUAAAACCCUUCAAGUCAAUAGUUGUUUGAGACAUUUUCAAACAAUUUUCCCACGGAAUUCAAGCAAAACAUCAGAACAGUUCAGAUUUUAAUAAAUUACUUGAAAAUGUCACAUUCAUCUAGUUCCUUCAACAGUCAGGGAAAAAAACAAAAAACUUUUCUGAAAUACUUAUACUUUGUAGUGCUAAAGAAAAUACUGUGUUGUGAAAUUUGCUGUGUUUUCUUGGUGUGACUGUGUUUAAAGCUUGACUAAGGAAAUAUUACAUCUGUAUAUACUGGUUAUGAAUUGUAACCUUCCAGCAAAAUCAGAAGACUGAACUUACAAACAUGGAAAUUAAUUAGAGGUGAGGGUAAGUAAUACAAUGCAAAAUCAAGUUAAGAUUAGGGCUAAGAAUAAAAAAAAUAGAAGUCAGUGAAAUUCACCUAUGAUUUGGUACAUUGUUUUUUUGUU